ACCCUCAACCAGCUGGGCGCGCAGCAAUUCUGCGCCCUGACCGACGUGCUCUUCCGCUUCCUCACGGAGCCCAAGGAGGUGGAGAGGUUCCUGGCCCAACUCUCGGACUUCGCYAGCACGAACAAGAUCAGCCUGGGCGCCCUGAAGAGCAUCGUCAAGAGCGUCCUCCUGGUGCCCAGCGGUGCCCUGAAGAGGAAUCUGUCUUCUGAGCAAGUCCGGGCGGAUUUUAUUGCUCUAGGACUCAGUGAAGAGAAAGCCAGUUAUUUUGCAGAACAGUGGAAGCUGAAUUCCCCUGCUCUGACCCGGCUGGCUGUUGGUCAGACGCUGAUGAUUAACCAGCUGGUAGAUAUGGAGUGGAAGUUUGGAGUGACYGCCGGCAGCAGUGAACUGGAGAAAGUGGGAAGUAUCUUCCUGCAGCUGAAGCUGGUGAUCAAAAAAGGAGGCCAAAUGGAAAACGUAUACAUGGAGUUAACUCUGCCCCAGUUCUACAGCUUUCUGCAUGAGAUGGAACGGGUCAAAACCAGCCUGGAAAGCUUCAGCUGAGGCUGCAGCGGCCUCGACAGACGAGUCUCCGGGAGGCUUGAUGUCUCCUGUGGGCCUGCAGAUCUGCUCUUUCCUGGCUGGCUCCAAAGCUUGAUAAGAAAAGGCAAUCCUGUGCAGCAGCCGUGGUGCGCAGAGCCAGRAGGACACGCUCGUUGCUUAGAACCUGAAACUUCUGCCACCCUUUCGAGGCAGCUACGAGAGCAAGUCCAUUCCCCCCUUCUUUUUAUGCUCUUAGGAGAAACUGUUGUCA